AUCGCUUAUCAUGCUAUUUUGUAACAGGUGUGGGCAACUUACUCAGUAUUAAGGUAGCAAUCGAAGUUUUAUUUCUAAAAUAUGUGAGAGAGAGAAAAUGUAUAUAAAAAGGACAGUUUUGUCGUCUUUCCUGAUCAUCCAUUCAAUCUCUACUCUAUUUGAAUACAAAGAUGUUUUCUCGUUUUGCUGUUGCCCUUACCACUCUCGCUGCUGCUGCUGUCUGCUUUAUGAACGGUGCUGAGGCCCGUGGCUCCUCACCAAUUGGAAUCUCUGUUAACAGUUCUUCCCAUAAGAAAACCUUCAACAAGUUAAACAGACGUGGUCGCGAUGACGAUGAAGAUAUCUUUGAAGGCAAGGCUACUUGGUUCAUUCCUCACAAACAUGACGGUGAAAUUGGUGCCUGUGGUGAAUAUGAAGCUGACGAUGACUGGAUUGUAGCUAUGAACGCCGAUCAAUAUGGUGAUAUGGAUGAAGUUAGUGAUGAAGUCUGUUUUAGAAAGGUCAGAAUAUACCACGAAGAUAAAUCUGUUGAUGCUCUUGUGACCGAUGCCUGUCCUUCUUGUGAUUACGGUUCUUUGGAUUUGACCCAAGUGGUUUUCCAAGAAUUGGGCAAGUUGAAGACGGGCGUCCUCGAUAUUACAUGGGAAUUCCUUAAUUAAAGAAAAAAAAAUCAAAUAGAACUCGUUUUCCUCAUUCAUACUCAUCUGUAUUAGUAUAUCCCUCCCUUCGCGCAUUUAGUACAUAAGUAUAUUUAUACAUACAAUUUCUCUCUAAUUUUUGUUCGCUUUGAAUGUUUCAUUUAGUUUGUUACCUAUAUAGUAGCAUGUAGCACGCAAUCUUUGCUUUAUUUUCGUUUUCGUUCAAUCAUCCAUAUCAUAUGCUCACCGUUACAAAACCUCAUCUUACCCUUCCCCUCAUCCCAUAACAAUAAUAAAAUUAGGCUGUUGAAAAGUGAUAUCUUUUA